AAGUUCUGUAUCCUAUUUUAUAUCAUUCUAGCGCUGUAUAAGCAUUAGUCGGACUUGUCAAUACAUUGCGUAAGUACAUGCAAUCUCAGGCCUCACGCGACAAGCAUAGGAGACGUCAUGCGCUUUAUCCAGACCUUCACGCUAUGUCAUUAACAUUUUGCAGAUAAUUGAAAAGAAGAGGCACUCAACAUCAUCAUCCUGCAGAGCUAGAGCAAGACAGUUACCUCCAUCCACCGGACUAUCACAUAUCAACGCCCUCUAAGAUGUCACGGAAACAUUUCUUCCCUAACCCCGAAGGGGUAGUGGUCCACAUGCUCCAAUCGCUUGUAACGCGAAAUCAACACAUGGCACUCGACGAAGCUAAUCGCGUCGUCUACAACCUCUCGCACCCGCCGGACCAGGUCACCAUCGUCUCCGGCGGCGGCUCCGGUCAUGAGCCCGCCUGGUCAGGUUUUGUCGGCGAUGGCAUGUUAUCCGCUGCUGUGUGCGGUGAUAUUUUUGCGUCCCCAUCGACUAAGCAGAUCAUGGCUGGGAUAAGAAACGUGCCAUCGAACGAGGGGGUUAUACUUUGUAUCACGAAUUACACAGGAGACAUGCUGCAUUUUGGGCUGGCGAGGGAAAAAGGGCAAGCUCUAGGAUACAAGGUUGAUGUUGUUUGUAUGGCUGAGGAUGCAGCGCUAGGGAGAGAAAAGAGUGGGAAGGUAGGACGGAGAGGGUUGGCAGGGAAUCUGCUCGUCAUCAAGCUCAUCGGCGCUGCAUCACAAAAGGGCUGGGCUUUUGAGCGAUGUAGAAAGAUUGGAGAGUUAGGCAACUCAGAGUUGGUGACUAUCGGAACGAGCCUGGAUCACUGCCAUGUUCCUGGACGAGAAGCGUUCGAAUCAGUGGCAGAUGAUGCUUGUGUGCUGGGAAUGGGCAUUCACAACGAACCAGGCCUGAGAACAAUAUCACCCAUACCAAGCCCAGAAGACAUUAUCAAGGAGAUGUUGAGAUAUCUAUUAGACCCGAGCGAUUCCGACCGCGCUUUCGUUACUUUCUCGCCUUCAGAUAACGUCGUAAUGCUCGUCAACAACUUUGGCGGGCUGUCCAAUCUCGAAUUCGAUGGCAUGGUGAACAUCGCCCUACAAGUGCUGAAGCGCGAUUGGAAAAUUGUGCCAACGAGGAUCUACGCCGGCAUAUUGGAAACAUCCUUGAACGGCCAAGGUUUCUCGAUCACGUUGGGAAAUAUGUCUGGCAUGGCGAAAGCUAUGGAACUGAAGGAUGAUGAGGUUAUUGAAUUGCUAGAUGCCCCUACUAAUGCGCCCGCGUGGCCGAAGAAUGGAUAUCGACCUGUCAACGUGAGCAAGGAAUCAGAAGAGUUGAGGAACAAGGCAAAUGCCGCUGCACAGGACCAGAGCGGGCUGCAAAAGGGUCCAGCAACACCAUCUUCACUCAUUCCGGCAUUAAGAAAAGCCUGUAAUGCCGGUCUCGACGCUGAACCCAAGAUCACGCAGUACGAUCUACAGAUGGGCGACGGCGACUGCGGGGAAGCCGUGGCCGGCGUUUGCAAAUCCAUCCUUGCAAACAUCGAUGCCGUAGAGCCCAAUCCACCACCCAUUCUCGCGCUACUGGAAAGCAUCGGCGAGAACGUCGAAGAUGUAGGCGGCUCCCUCGGCGCUAUCCUCUCCAUCCUCGUCACCGCCUUCACCAACGCGCUCGCCAACGAAACUCUGAGAUCGAACAAAAAGCUGGAUAUUGCGUCGAUAUCGAGCGCCGCAUCCACUGCCCUGGACAACCUGAAGAAUUACACUUCUGCCCGCGAAGGCGAUAGAACGGUCAUGGAUGUUCUUAUCCCGUUCAUCAAUACGCUUACUGAGACUAAGGAUUUUGGGAAGAGUGUAAGUGUGGCGGAACAGACUGCGGAUGCGACGAAGGAUAUGAAAGCGAAGUUUGGGAGAGCCACUUAUGUUGGUGACGACGAUAAAGAAAGGAGUCGGAUUCCGGAUCCGGGCGCGUAUGCUGCGGCAGUUUGGUUGCGGGGACUCGAGAGUGGGUUUAGCGGGUCUUGAGAUGUGUGCAAGCAUGAUGGGGUACAUACAAAUGGCGAUUAUAAGGAGAAGAUGGUAUUGAACAUACAGCGUUUUAGCCGUCUGCUUAUAACAUUUAUAUCAUAGCUCAUAGUACCUACCGCCACUCACCUGUCUGACCGCAAUCUUCGCAUUACCUCCCGCAGAGCGCAGAGCGAUCAGUCUACCAAUGAAUCAAUCUAGUCCUUUU